CAGUCAACUUACACGGAACAACUGGGGCGAAAAACACGUUUUCCCCUAUUGUUGACUUGCCCGUUUGUUUGUCCGUCCAUCGUUGCGUUCAAUGAGUUGCUGCAUGAGUGAGAGGGACAACUGAACAUGAGCGGUGCCAAUCAUCCCUCUCAUAUCCCCACAUCAUCUCUCAUUGUUUUCAGACGAUGAAAAGAUGGCUUGGCCUCUGCCUGCCGUCUCGUCUUCGCCCGGGUCGCGUCCUCCAGCGACGGCGCUUCCAUUAUGACCAUGACCCAAACCCCCGUGUCGAGUCCGUCGAGGUCGUGUGUGCCUCCUCGGGGAGCAUCACAGUGGACCUGCACAACGUCACUCGGCACCCCCCCUCAACCCCGCUGGUGCUGUACAUUCCCCCCUUCUCACCGAUUCCGGGUACCCGGCCGCCCGUCCCCCGCUUCCUUCGCCCGUACCCGACCGCCGUCAUCAACUACCGCUGGUCCGUCCCGGCCCCCACCCGCCAAUCAUCUUCCGAUGCCGACGCCGAGCGACACGACUUCACCACGCCCUUACAAUGGCCGACCCCGCUCCACGACACUCUCGCCGGCUACACCUGGCUCCUCGAGAACCUGCGCCCGCCCGACACCGCCCGCCGCGACGUCUACGUCUACAGCUCCCACGCCGGCGCCAGCAUCGCAACCUCCCUGGCCCUCACCGAGUCGCACCACCACGAGCCCAUGGCCGUCCGCGGCCUCGUCGCCUGGAACGGCAUCUACAACUGGUCCAUGUUUCUGCCCGACCACAAGGUCAACAAGCCGUCUUCUGCCCGCAGCAAGAAGCUCCCGCCGCCGCCUGAGGAAGGGUCGGCGUUGCACGGCCUGCAGACGAGGAUACCCGAGCUGUUCCGCGCCCCCGUUGACCUGCUCGACCCCUUUGCGAGCCCGAGCCUGUUCUUCCAGACCGCCGGCAUGACGGCGCCGUCGAGCUUCACCCGGGCCGCCGCCAUGUCCUCUUUCAUCGACAAGCUGUCCUCCGUCACGGCCGGGGUGAAGCCGUCCGACAUUCUGGAUCUCGUCGGCGGCGGCAGCAGCGCGUUCCCAGCGCCCAGGCGGAGCGCCCUCAUCUUCCCGCCGAGGAAGUCCACGUUGAAGCUGCCCCCGACGCUCCUGCUGCACGACUCACCGCCGACCGAAACGGCGGCCUGCAGAACCAGGAGAAGUGGGACGUCGUCGUCGUCACUUCUCUCGUCCCUCUCGUCGAGCUCGGCAUCGCCGCGGCGGCGGCGGCGCAAGGUGGCCGGGCACACGUUCGAGACGCAGGCGGCGGAACUUGCGGGCCUGAUGAGGCGGAGCCUGGAGAAGCUGGAGUUCAAGACGCGGAUGGAGUGGGACGAGGACUUUGACGAGGCUGCCGAAGCGGGGAGGCGGGUGGCGGUCGUCGACGCUGGUGAGAACGAGGGGUUGGAGCUCGGCGAACAGGGGCAGGAGGCCGUGAGGGAGUGGUUGGAGGAUAGGAUACGUCUGUGAUACCCCCUCUUUGUGGAAGUUAUCUCCUCUCUUGCUUUGUUGUUUGUUUCAGCCGGGCGGGUUAAUCAUCGUACGAGGUUUGCUGCAGAUGAGUCUGGCGUCCUCGGUAUUGCCGUCUUCUGGAUUGAUCUUCUUUGGCGCUAUUUAGAAACGUUGGGUCCCAGUAGAAUCUUGUAAUCCUAUCACUAUCUGUCCCU